UUUCAUCACAAUCGUUAUCAGAACACACAGCCAUAUUGUAAACUAACCAAAACAGGCAGUGAUACUUGUUAAUUUGUUUUAUAACAAGCAUAACCAAAUGCUGAAGAAAUACAGACGUGAAAUCAGCCUUCAUCAUUUUCUACCCCAUGGCAUCACUACAAACUACUAAAUUGCUGGUCAUUUAUCCCAAUAUUCAUCAAAGACUCUCCGAAUUCAAUAAUUAUCUUCUAAAAAUAUUUACCGCAUGCUGCUAUAUGCCAAGUAGUGAACUAGGCCCUGGAGACCAUAGUCUCUGCCCUCAUAAUCAGUCAUCAUCUCAGCCCUGAUUUGAGCCAUUAUCCUACGGAAAAUAAACACAUACCAAUUUUUUUAUUUGCACUCAGUAAUCACUACUAUAUUCUUUUAGAAUUAGAAAGAAGGUCUUUUUAUCUGCUGAGCAUCUUGAUUAAGUUUGAGGAAUGGAAACUAAAGAAAGCUGAAGUGCUUUAAAUUAUAAAGGGAAAUGAAUUCAAAUUCUUACAAAAUAAUCCAAAAGAUGGGAAGGGAGUCAGUGAGGUAGAAUGCUGGCAGCUGGAUGGGAAAAAAUCCAAAUAGCAACCCAGGGUGACUGGAUAGCAAAGGAUUUUGAAAGCAAAAAUGGCUAAUAUGGAUACAGAGAUUCUUGCUCUGCAAUGGGCAUUAUGAUCCUUACCAGGGCCUUAAGGAAAGUCUCCAUUACUCACAAAUGCUUAGUCUGGGUGAGUUAUUUUGGUGGAGAUGUGUGAAAUGGCUGAAUUAAGCAUCCAUGGCAAUGUGAAUAAAAGUGAAUAAAAAGGCAACACAUGUAGGGAGAUGAGUCUAGAAAGCAGCUGAAAUCAUGAGAAUCUCAUCCUCCCAGGAAUUUUUAGAAAUCUUGGAUGGGCUUUGGACUUCCACAAGAUAUGAAAUUUGAGUGUUUUAAUCAAUUUUAACCCAGAUGUCAAAAAACAUUUUAAGCUAGAUGUCCAGUUGACAUGUAAACCCCAUGUGGGUAGGGAUUUUGUGUAUCUUGUUCACUGCUGUAUACCCAGACUUAGGCCUAGAGUGGAAAACAAGACAGAUAAAGUCCCUGUGCUCAUGAAGCUUCAAUAAAGAAGAAAGAAUCUCAGAGAUGCUAAGAAGUGUUUACCAUCCAGGUGUGGACGUUAACUAAUUCUCACCAAUGAAAUGUGAGCAGAAGUAGUGUGUGCCACUUCCAAGGCAAGAUUUUAAAGAAUGUGAUCGAGCCGCAGUGCCUGCCGGCGAGGAGUACCCGCUGCCUCGAGCAGAGAAGGACGAGGAGGGGACCUGGGAGCGGGCAGCGGCCGGGUUGGGCCGCUCUGGGGCGGGCUGGCGACUCUGCUCCUUCGCUUGCUGCUGUCUCUGGGAACCGGGUGCCAGCACUGAGGAGUCUUCAGCUGACAGCAAGCCCCUUCCCCGGCUCCCCUGCCCGCCCUGCCGGGGAGGGCGGAAGAUGCCGGUGAAGAAGAAGAGAAAAUCUCCUGGGGUGGCAGCGGCAGUAGCGGAAGACGGAGGCCUCAAAAAGUGUAAAAUCUCCAGCUAUUGCAGAUCCCAACCCCCUGCUAGACUAAUAAGUGGAGAGGAACAUUUUUCAAGCAAGAAGUGCCUGGCUUGGUUUUAUGAGUAUGCAGGUCCUGAUGAAGUUGUAGGGCCAGAAGGAAUGGAAAAAUUUUGUGAAGACAUUGGUGUUGAACCUGAAAAUAUUAUUAUGUUAGUUUUAGCGUGGAAAUUGGAGGCUGAAAGCAUGGGAUUUUUUACCAAGGAAGAAUGGUUAAAGGGGAUGACUUCAUUACAGUGUGACUGCACAGAAAAGUUACAGAACAAAUUUGACUUUUUGCGCUCACAGUUGAAUGAUAUUUCUUCAUUUAAGAAUAUCUACAGAUAUGCCUUUGAUUUUGCAAGGGAUAAAGAUCAGAGAAGCCUUGAUAUUGAUACAGCUAAGUCUAUGUUAGCUCUUCUCCUUGGGAGGACAUGGCCACUGUUUUCAGUAUUUUACCAGUACCUGGAGCAAUCAAAGUAUCGCGUUAUGAACAAAGAUCAGUGGUACAAUGUGUUAGAAUUCAGCAGAACAGUCCAUGCCGACCUUAGUAACUAUGAUGAAGAUGGUGCUUGGCCUGUUCUUCUUGAUGAAUUUGUCGAGUGGCAGAAAGUUCGUCAAACGUCAUAGCAAGAACUAUUGUGAAGAAAAUGCAAACCUUUAGAUCCUUACGUGUGUACAAGCUAAUGAGAUGAGGAAAAAAAAGAAAAAACCAAAGGGGUGCAUUUUCACUCAUAUGAAAGACUUCUCAUAGUACUUUUUUUUCCUUUUUUUUAAAGGAAGUUUUCUUGUUACAUGUUAUGGGCAUUGAGCCACGCCUCUUCCGAGACUGAAUAUUGAAGUUUUUGUUUUGAGUUAUGUUUAUAACAUUUAUUUCAGAACAAUAAAGAUUCAGAUUUGUGACAAAGGCCUUAAAGUGAAGAUGUC